AUGUCAACUUCUGCCGAAUACACCGUACCGAAAUUGACCAACGUCGAUAAAUGGAGGGAAAUCGAACAGUCUUUCCCUCCGUUGAAGAACGACCUGUUACUUCGUGCUGCCAGGGGUGAAGAGACUGAGAGAGCCCCCGUGUGGGUCAUGAGGCAGGCAGGGAGGUAUUUACCUGAAUUCCUUGAAGUUCGCAAAUCUCAUUCAUUUUUCGAAUGUUGUCAAACCCCCUCCAUCGCCUCUCAACUCACCCUACAACCUAUCGAUCGAUAUCCCCGAUUGGACGCAUCCAUCAUAUUCUGUGAUAUCCUCGUUGUCCCUCAGGCAUUAGGAAUGGAAGUAUUGAUGGAACCUUCCAAAGGUCCAGUCUUACCUGCUCCUAUACGUACACCCUCCGACCUGAGUCGAUUGAACCAAGACGUAGAUGUACAGAAAGAAUUGGGUUACCUGUUCGAAGCUAUAACCCUCACUCGAAAGGGUCUGGGAGGGAGAGUACCACUGAUAGGGUUCUCCGGUGCUCCAUGGACGUUAAUGGCGUACAUGUGCGAAGGAGGUGGUUCAAAAACUUUCGAAAAUUCAAAAUCUUGGUUAUACAAGUAUCCAAAAGAGAGUAAAGAGCUGUUGAGGAAGGUAGCGGAUGUUUGUGCGGAUCUGUUGGUUGGUCAGGUGUUGGCUGGUGCUCAGAUGCUCCAAGUAUUCGAUUCCUGGGCCGGUGAAUUAACACCCUACCAAUACGCCGAAUUCGCCUUACCUCCAUGUAUCUACAUCUCUCACAAGGUCAAAUCAAUCUUGAGACAACUAGGUCAUCCCGGAGUGGCCAUAACGCUCUUCGCAAAAGGUGCCAACGCUCCUUCUACCUUCAAACUCCUAUCCGACCCAAAGGUAACAGGGUAUGAUACCUUGGGAUUGGACUGGACAGUUGAUCCAGUGGAAGUAAGGGAGUAUGUGGGCCGAAAGGUCAACUUACAAGGUAAUUUCGAUCCGACGGUGUUGUACGGUGGUAAAGAAGGUAUAGAAAGGGAAGUUGAGAGGCUCAGUGAGAGAUGGAAGGCGGCUGGAGGAGGUUGGAUAGCUAACUUGGGUCAUGGGAUCACACCGAAUGUCAAACCUGAAGAUAUGGGUUGGUUCUUGGAGUGUGUACACAAGUAUUCAAAGAGGGCGUAA